AAUUUGCAGACUAUGUGAGUAUCAGCUUCACUUCAGGCACUACCAUUCCUUGUCAUGGAUGUUCAUAACUAUGGUGAAACAUAUCCUGUUGAUCCAAACCAUGGAGAUGAUAGCUGGAGGCUAAUUAUUUCUAUCUUUGUCAUCUUGUACAGAGAACUAAAAGGCAACCAGUUAAAUGGCACUUUGUAUAUAAGCACGAAAUUUAGCAACCAGCUGAGGCUCGUAGAUUUGCAGAAUAAUGACAUUACUGAGUUUACGGAAACAGGAGCACAAAACAUUGAGAUAAAACUUGCUGGUAACCCCAUUUGUCAAGAGACAGGUAUAACAGAAAAUUACUGUGUACCACUACCACAAUCAAAUUCCACAUCCUUGUUUACUACCCCUCUCAACAUCUGCCCGCCUCCUACAUGUAGUUCAGACCAGGUUUAUAGCCCCACAUGCAUGUGUGCACAUCCAUAUACAGGAACUCUAUAUUUUAGAGUAAUUUUCUUCUCAGACUUGGGGAACCAAACCACAUAUAGAGCUCUACAGGAUUCUUUGAUGCAGUUCUUCAAGUCCAAUCAAUUUCCUGUUGAUUCAGUUUCACUAAGUAAUCCAAGAAUGGAUUCUUCUAAAUUUCUUCUAUUGAACCUUAAUGUCUUUCCAUACGGCCAAGCUAGUUUCAAUCGAGCAGGAGUUUCUAUGAUUGCAUAUGCAUUUAGCAGCUUGUCUUAUUUCCCACCACCAUAUACUCUUUAUGGAUCUUAUUUUUUCAGUGGUGAUGUUGACAACUACUUUCCAGAUGAACCUAAAAACUCCAAAAUAUCAACUACUGGCAUCAUUUUCGGAGCAGUUGGUGGUGGCUCUUUACUUCUGCUACUUUCACUGCUUGCUGGGGUUUAUGCUUUUCGUCAAAAGAAGAAGGCAGAAAGACCAAGCAUAGAGAGCAACCCUUUUGUGGGUUUGACAGUUCAAAGCGAUGAGAUUUGGGAUUAAUUUGGAUGAGAAGAUUUUCUGUUAUUUUGGUUCUUGGGAAGCAUGGGCUUGGAAGGGCAGCUGUCUGAUCACAUUUCACCCUUAAUUGAAUUACACAUUUUGUAGGCCCUCUGUCUGAAGUUCACAUGGGAGUUGUUUCAAAACUAGCUUGUUCCUUCUCCAUUUAAGACAAUAAUCAUUUAUGCAAUUG